AUGUCCAUCCUCCCGAUAGUUGCAGCUGUGCUUUUAGUGCACUCCAUGUGUUGCGUCCAAGCUUUGUGCGGCGAUGGUGAGUGUUGCGAGGGAUACGCAAACCAAAACGGAACUUGCACGCCGAUCUGCAAGAAACCGUGCAAAUUCGGGAUUUGCGUAGCGCCGGAUUUGUGCGAAUGCAACGAUGGUUACGAGAGCAGCCAGGAUGGAAGAUCUUGUCUUCCCGUGUGCACCGAAACUUGCGUGAACGGAAGAUGCAUGUCUCCAGGGAAAUGCAUGUGCACGAUGGGAUUUUAUGCGGACGCGAAGAAUCCUAACAUCUGCUACAGGCAAUGCACGAAUCGGCCGAUUCGAGGACAAAUUAGAUGGUGCGGCUGUAGCUCAGGUUAUUCCAAGCAGGAGGAUUCGAAGAGUUGUGUACCAGUUUGCAAGAAGCCGUGCGUUGAAGGAUUCUGCGGAUCGCCAGAUACUUGCGUCUGUAAACUGGGUUAUAAGAAGAAUCCUAAGAACAAGUUUGAAUGUGUUCCAACAUGUAAAACGCCUUGUGAAAAUGGGAGAUGUACAGGUUUCAAUACGUGCACGUGCAACGAAGGAUUCGAAACGGAUUCUG